AUGGACAAUCUUCUCAAGUUCAUUGUAAGUGUUUUACUUUCUCUUCUUUUUAUCAGAUUCUGUAAUGGAGGCGAGUUUAUCGAAUCCAAAUCAUUUAUCAGUUUUCUUGUUGCUAUUGAUCCAAACAAUGUACUAAACGUUGAUCGAAAUGCUUUGUUUUCUUACCCUUGUUACUACAAAUUACAUGGUGUUAAGUGUGAUUUACGUUCCGAAGAAAUCAUAGAAAUAAGACUUGAGAACAUGAAUCUUAGUGGUGUAAUUGAUGCAGAGUCACUCUGUAAACUCUCAAACUUGAGAGUUCUUAGCUUAGCUAGGAAUAAGAUUGAGGGAACUGUUCCUGAAUCGAUAUCAUCGUGUAAAAGUUUAACUGUUCUUGAUUUAAGCAGCAACUUUCUUAGUGGAAACUCAUUAGUACUAAUGCAGUCAUUGACAAGGAUCAAGAAUCUUAAAAAACUUAACAUUUCUAAGAACAAUUUCACUUCCUCACAACGUAUGAUGAGUCUACACGCGUUGAGACGUGUAACUAUUAAAGAAUCUUCAUCUUCAACUACAGUAAGUGACGAUAAGAAGACAAAUAAUCAUCAUGUGAGUCUGAUGGUUUGGGUACUCAUAUCUCUUGGAACUGUGAUUGUGUUAGUAGUUUUAGUAUUCUUGUAUAUGAGAUGUGUUGGGACAGUUAAGGAUAAGGAGGUUAUAAAGGAAGUAGUUGAUUAUCCGUCUCCUCGAAAAACUCCCUCAGAUGAAGUUGUGGAUGGAGUGUGUAACACUGAAGAGAAAAGCUCAGAACUUUACUUCUUCAUGGAAGAUGUUGAGAAGUUUACGAUGGACGAUCUUCUUGAAGCAACUGCUAACUUAACAAAACAAGGCAUUUGCAGCAGCCUUUACAAGGUUCAUAUCAGUAGAAGUGGUGUGUUUGCUCUCAAGAGACUGAAGAAACUACAAGUGGGGUUCAAGGAGUUCUCGCGAACGAUGAAAAAGAUAGGGAGCUUGAAGCAUCAAAAUGUACUUCCACUUGUUGCUUAUUACUCUAGCAAUGAUGAAAAAAUGCUCAUCUACAAAUAUCAGAACAGUGGAAGUCUACUAACACUUUUCGAAAAUUAUGCAGAGGGGAAAUGGAACUUCCCGUGGAACUUAAGGCUGUCGAUUGCAGUUGGCAUAGCAAGAGGUUUCGCGUACAUAUACAGAAGUUCAAAGAAAGGCAAUGUCAUUCCUCAUGGCAACAUUAAGCCAUCAAACAUUCUAUUAAGCGAUAACGGGGAGCCAUUGAUAAGUGAGUAUGGCUAUUACAAAUUCUUAGACCCUGACAAAAGUUGCCUCUAUAAAGACAAUGGUUAUACAGCCCCUGAGAAAACGUUGACAGAAGAAACUGAUGUCUAUAGCUUCGGGGUGAUUCUGCUGGAACUGCUAACAGGUAAAGUUGUGGAGAAGACAGGAUUAGACCUUGUCAAAUGGGUGAAAUCUAUAGUGAGGGAAGAAUGGACUGGAGAAGUGUUUGAUAGUGAAGUUGCCAACUAUGAAAUGUAUGCUUUCCCUCUACUAAACGUUGCACUCAAGUGUGUGGAUCGUUUGCCUGAUGAGCGACCUACUAUGACAGAGGUCUUGGAGAUAAUCGAAGAAAUUGUGAAUGAUCAAGAAGACAUUUCUCCUUCUUCUAUGACUUCUUUUGAAUCCACCCCUGGUUCAAUGAAGCAUGUGUAUGCCCUUUAG